AUGGCCAAGACCAGACGCGAUCCGGGCAAGGAGCACUUCCCCCCCUACCCCGGCGGCUUCACCUUCCUGCGUAUCCUCCAGCUCAUCUUCGCCAUCCUGGAGCUGGGUCUGGCGGGUUUUGCCCUGAGCAAGGCCCAAGGUGCAGGUCUCGCCUUUGUCGCGGCUCUGGCCGUCGUCACUGCCAUUGUCAACACCUGGAUCGUGAGCGCCCACUGCUGCGCUCCCCGGGCCUACAACUACUGGGCCGUCCUCGUCUUCGAAAUGCUCUUCCUCCUCUUCUGGCUCAUCGCCACCGCCCUCCUGGCCCUCGCCGCCGUCGGCAUCUUGGCCUACGACCACCUGUACCCCGGCAGCUGCUACAACGGUCUCUGCCUCGGCGACUUCAAGGGCAAGAGCAGCACCAAGGCCAUGCAGGAUCUAUACGCCGUGUUCGACGUCCUGGGUCCUGUCCUGGCUGCUGCCGCUGGUGUCGCCGCCAUUCAAUUCCUGUUCUACUUCAUCUCUCUGCUCAUCCACAGCAUCGUCGUCUGCAAGCACCGCCGCGCCGGCAUGCACAGCAAGCCCGUCAAGGCCGGCAGCGGCAACAACGCCAUGUUCCCCAUGAAGACGCAGUACGCCCCCAUCAACCCCCAGGACGCGCCCGCCGGCCACCAAGACACGGCCUACAACCCGAACGCACCGUACGGAUACAACGCGGCCGUGCCCCAAAACACCGGAUACACAUCAUCUACGCCAAACACCGGCUACGCAUCACCCCCUCCACAGAACACCGGCUACAGCUCGCCCGCGCCCCAGAACACGGGAUACUAUGCCCCUCCUCCUACCACCACGCCGGCCUACCCGACCCAGACCUACGGCCAAGUCACCGACGUCAAGGCCGCCUCCACGGAGCACUCGUCCACCACGGGCGUGCCGUACCAGUCCUCCGUCUCCCCCUCCUCCAGCUCGGCCCCCUACGUGCCUCCCCCCUACACGGCCCCCGCGUACCAGCCGGCGGCCAACUCGUACGCCUAUGAUCCCAACUCGAUCAACGGGACGGGCAACGCCCAGCAGCCGUACCAGCCUCCUCCCCCGGGCGCGUACUAG